AAAGUGAGAUAACGCAAAUAUCACAAAAGGCGAAUGAAGUUACCGUCAUUUUGUGUUAAUAUUGUCGGUUAAUGUAUCCAUUCUACAGUCUUCUGCGCAUGGCAACUUUUAAGUUUCGAUUCCAGCAAAGUGACGAACCGAAAACUGUAAAAAAAAAAACGAAAGUGAACCUGAAGCUGUUGUGACGGUGAUGUUAACUGAGAUGAGAGGAGCAGAUUCAUUCUGUAAAAUACACGAAACGUUUGACUCCUUUUAGUAAACCGGCCGAUGCUGAGCUGGACGAGUCUUGCUGCACCUUAGUUGUCUUCAGACCUUCAGGAAGUUUACUGACAGUGUGAAGUGUGUGCUAUGCAUUCAAGGAUCUGCAAUGCUUUCUCAGCUCUUAUUAUGAGAGAUUACUUUGGACUGAGAGGCCUCACCAACUACCAUCUGUCCUGCUGUGUCAACACUUUGCUGCAGACCUUCUUUGCUACCUGGGAAAUAGGAGACCUACUAGACAAGUGGAAAGCAGCUAGUGUGACAGAGGACAGCGUCCCCCUGCAGCUAAAGAGAGUUCUCACGGCCAUGAGGAGGGACCACAGUGGACCCGUUCCUCAUCGUGACUUCCUCCACUCCCUGGACAGGAACUGUGUUCGACUUAAUACGCAGCAUGAUGCUGAUGAGGUGUUUCUCGCCAUCCUGAACUUCAUGCAACAGCAGAUGGAUGACAAACCUCUGGCUCUUGAAAUCCAGAAUCUGUACAAGAUUUCUGUGGAGACGUACCUGCAGUGUUCAGAGUGUCCCUCCGUCCAGACUCUGACGAGCUACCUGCUCAGCCUGCCUCUGCAUGUAAAGGAAGAUCACGAUUCUCUGGAAGACUGCAUGACCUCCUUCUUUGAGCAUCAGGAGCUAAAGGGCAUAAAUUGCUGCUUUUGUGCAGAAUGUGGCAAGAAGACUCCAUCUAAACAGGGUGUCAAACUGCUAUCCCUGCCUCGGAUCUUGUGUGUGCACCUGAAAAGGUAUCGCAAUGGCCGUGGUAUCACCCGAAAACUUGAUUGCAGGGUUACCUUUCCAGAAACCUUUGACUUUUCUGAGACUCUUAAGGAAGCGUUCUCUACAGACUUUGCCCAGAAUGACUGCAAGUACACAUUGCAUGCAGUGGUAGUGCACUCUGGAAGUGCAGUGUGUGGGCACUAUACUGCCUACGUUCGUAACAGGGAGAACCAGGGUUGGUACUACGCAGAUGACAGCCACAUGAAACGGUCCUCCUGGGAAGAAGUGCAGACAACAUAUGGAGGACAUCACAGAGGCACAGCAUACAUGUUAAUGUACAGAAGAGGUUCGAAAGAGGAGGUACAACAACCUGAACUUUCUGGCUGAGUGGAUGGAUGCAGAUGAAUUAUACCUGGGGUCAUGGUGCAAUAUUGGAUCAAUAUGGAAACUAUUGGAAUUUUAAGGGAUAUAAAUGUGUUUUUGCUUUAAAUAAUGUAUUGAUAUUUUAGAUUUUAUUGUACAUGGUGAAUGGUUUAAUAUUUAAUGAUUUUUCUGAGCUCAUUCAGAUUGGACAUCAGUAAUUUCUGCUAAACACCAGCAGGUGGCGUUGAAGACUCAACACACCGACAGGUUUUCCAACCUCAGACCACACACAAUGUGAACACUCUAUGAUACUAGGGGGGUUGGUUUGGAAAGAAUGCUUAGCUUAGAUAUUCACUGUUUGGGGGGGAAUAACUCCUAUUGGAGUCGGUGUUCAUUUCCCUGACACUGCUGUAGCUGUAUGAGUCACUCAUGAAGAACAAUGAAGUAAUUUCUUUUAUCAUUUGGGCUGCCAAAAAUAGCAAUCUUUUUCAGCAUCUCACUCUUAUUUUAUGUAUUGCAUUUUCUCACCACCUGCAGACCCUUUAACAUGACAUACAAAAACUAAUUUGAAAUGACACACCUUAAUGUUUUUUUGCUCUUAUUGAUGCAUCAACACCAGCAUGCAUCUCCCGCCACCUGAGCUCAAAAUGAAUGUGCUUUAAGGUACUGAGAAAUGCCUGUUCUGUAUGUAUCUUAAAGUAAAAAUAGGUUCAAGGUCGCAGUUACAGCCAAAGUGCUUAAAUGCUUGGUAUAGGCUGUCUGCAGAGCCUCUUAAGUUCCCACUCGCUUCGCCAAGAGUCUGGGGACCGUGUGAAAUGGUGCGUAUGUGCUGCAGAGCUCUGACAAAAUGGAACAUGUCUGCACAGGGCCACAGGCAGCAGGCCUAAUGCUUAGUCAUCUCAGUUCCAUGCGGCAGAGGCUCAGCUUUAUAUAUGGGGGGUAUCUUCCUCCCACAUUUACACCAAAGACCAGGGCUCGAUGUUUAUCUAGAUUAGAGUCAGUGUCACAUUGAGCUCUCAUCUGUUCCUCUGACAUGCCGUUUUUACACGAUAGCAAAUGUUGAGAUUAGAGGGUAUGGGAUGUAUUUACAAGCAAUGUAAUGCAUCGUUGUUAGUUGUGGAAGACUUGCUCAGAUCAUUCAAUUAAAGCUGCUAUAAUCAAUAUUUUUAUCUUAAAAGUCUCAAGUGAAAGGGGUCGCUCGUUGUGACGAACUCGCAGAGAAUUAUCCCCUAACUGCAGUUCCUCAGCUCAACGGAGCUUUUUAGCAUCUUUCAGCUCAUUGUUUUGGUUUUCUGGGUUGCAACUGUAUUUCACGCUCACUGCUGUUUUUACCGCAAAAACUUUAAACUCUAGAAUAUCCACUGUAAUGCUACCUGUUCAGCACCAAAUGGCAGACUCAUUUCCAGUAAUAUAAUAAAUUGUGAUAAUAUAACACUUGGAAAGGGGCCAUUGUACUUUUACUUUCGAUUUUGUUAAAACCUCUGUACUUUGACCUGAGUACAUUUUUGAAUGCAGUACUUUUACUUGUAAGAGUGUUUUACAUUGUGGUAUUUGUACAUUUACUUAAGUAAAGGAUCUAAAUGUUUCUUCCACCACUGUUUGAUUAUCAUUAUUAAUGCAUUAAUGUGUAAGCCGCAUGAUGUUUUAGCUAGUCGAGGUGGAGCUACUUCAUUUAUUCUACAUACUGUUGGGUGGUUCAUAUUUUAUUUGUAGACUAAUCUGAAUAUAAUCUGACUAUAAACUUAAGCUGCCAGGUACAUGUAGUGGAGUAAAAAGUACAAUAUUUCUCUGUAGUAACUUUCCACCACCUUAUAAUACUCAGUGUUUGUGUAAAAAAACACAUUUGGUAUAUGCAGCCCCAUUAUCCAGACUGAAUGUGGACAAGUAGGUCAACUGAAAUUUUAACAAGAACGGAUUCUUCUCUUUGUAGGGUUUUAAUCAAUAAUUCAUGUUGUAUGACCAUGUGUUAAAUAGCCUAGAUGUUAGACGAGCACCUGCCCAGCACCACCCUGACAAUGACCACAACACUAACAACGCAAUAGCAUAACAUAGGCAGCACACCCCAAGGCCACACGAAUAAAGUCUUACUGAAUGUC